AAACUGCAAAUAAUUAAUAAUCACAUCUGUUAUUUCCUUUAUGGCAAACAGGACUUUAUAUUAUAAGCUUGUUUUGCUUCCUCUGUGUACCAAUUGCUUGCAGCUUAUAUAUGUAGGUGGACUUGAUGUUUGCUCGAAGCAAAGCAAAAAUAGCACAGCACAGCUAAUUUUGUCGGUGUUGUUGUUUCAUAAAUAGUACUAUGAAUCACCAUUUUCACUAGCUUAGAAUCAACUACAGAAUUAUUUCUGCCCAUUUGCUUGUAGGAACCAUUCUACAAGAAAAUGGGCAAAACUUUCUGUAUAAACUAAACAUACAAUGGUAUGACAUUUUCCACUCCAGCAAUUGGUGAAACAGAUACAAAACAAAAAUAUUAUCGUAAGUGCAUUUUAUCAUAGUAAUGAUAGUAUUUCAUAACUUUCCUACAACAAAAAUAUUAUCUUAAGAAACUUUUUAUUAUAUUAAUGAUAGCAUUUUAUUUAAAAAAAAAAAAAACAGCAACAAAAAAAUGUGGAGAAAAGCUUCAUCUGAGCCCCUAAUGUGUGUGCAUGUGUGUGCAUCUCAAUUGUUAAACACAUAAUUAAAUAGAAAUGUAUUGUAGUGUGGUGGUGUAGCAUGUGCCCAAGUUCAAGUUCAGGGUCCAAUCCCAAGCUCCAGUUAUUGUUGUACAUGUUCUAUGAUACUCUGUUUUUCUCUCAAAUACAUCCUGGUAAGUGGACUAGCUACUCUAAAUUGCAACUGGAUGUGAAUGAGUGUAUUUGUGAGUGGUGCCCUUUAAUACACUGGCAUCCCAUCCAGGCUAUCCAAGAAAAAGUGGUUACUGAAGAUGUUUGAAUGUAUGUAUUGUAUUGCUUUGCCAAAAUCCAACACAAUUAAUAGUCAUAUCUAAUAACUAAAUAAGUAGAAAUGCUGGAGAGUAAAUGAAUUAGGUAAAGUCAAUUACUCUUGAAACUUUUAAAGCAACUUUUACAUAGAUACACAUGAUGUCUUUACAACAUUUAAUUGGGUGUUACUGCAGAAAAGUGUGGCACACCUUGUCAUUUUUGUAAUACCUGUCUUUUUUGGUAAUAAUAUGGUCACAUUACAUCCAUAGACAAAUAUGUAUUUCUAUGGAUUGCACCUGUGUCAUAAAACAAAGACAAGGAGAAGCUUCAUCAGACCUGUUAACUAUCAUCUUCUUUAAAUGGCUUGGCCUGGAACAACACAGAUUCUUCAGACUUUAGUGUUGUUUAAACAUGGUUUAUGAAGGGCAGCACAGUGUAGCAGGUAACAUUGCCACCCUCAGAGAUCCAGGAUCCUUAGUUUGUUCCUGAGCUCAGAUUAUUGUCUGUGUGGAGUUUUGCAUGUUCUCCCUAUGCUUCCUCCGAGCUCUCCAGUUCCCUCCUACUUCCCAAAAACAUUCUGGUAGAUGGGUGGGCUACACUAAAUUGCCCCUAGGUGUGAAUGUACAUGGUGCCCUGCAGUGGACUGGUGUCCCAUCUAGAGUGAUUCCUACUUUGCACCUAGUGUUUUGAGUAUACAUGUCCCUGACCAGGACUCUGACCAGGAUAAAGCAAUUACUGAAUGAAUGAGUUUUAUGAUGUUAUAGGCAUGAAUUACUAACAGGAGAUCUGAUGAAGCGCCUCAGAUGAGUGGAGAAAGACCUUCACAAUUAUAACUUCAGUCACGUUGACAUACUAUUGCUAGACAUAGUACAGUAAAACCCACUGUGUCCUUUUGUCAGCAUAAUUUUAGUUACUGAUACCUGUAACUUUUUUUGUAGAUGACAGAUCCAGUAACCCUAAAUGUUGGUAUUCAUUUAUACACCACCUCUUUGUCUACUCUUCAGCGUUACCCAGACUCCAUGUUGGGUGCCAUAUUUCACGGUGAUUUUCCCACAGCACUGGAUGCCCAGGGAAACUUCUUCAUAGACCGUGAUAGCCCACUGUUCCGUUACAUCCUGAAUUUUCUGAGGACUUCAGAACUGACUCUGCCAUAUGACUUCAAAGAGACAGAGCUUCUACGCAAAGAAGCGGAUUUCUAUCAGAUAGAGCCUCUAAUCCAGUGUUUAAGUGACACGAAACCACUCUAUCCACAGGACACCUUUGACCAGAUUGUGGAACUUUGCAGCAUUCUGAGGUUGUCCAAGUACUCAAAUCCGGUAGCUGUCAUUAUUACCCAAGUCACCAUCACCACCAAAGUCUACAUUCUGCUGGAGGGCAUCUCCAACAACAUUACACGCUGGAACAAACACAUGAUGGACACCCACAAUUUUCAGCUAUAUUUCACCUUUGGACCUUGCGACUACCAGCAGGAGGUGGCACUUAGGGUGCACCUUGUGGAGUACGUCUGUAAGUGUGGUUUCACCAUCAGGAAUGCACGUGUGCAUCACAUGAGCGAGCAGGCCAAUGAGAACACUGUAGAGCACCACUGGACUUUCUGCAGGUUGGCACACAAACUUGAGGACUGAUAACUGUUGCUGAGAUGGUCUAGAGCAGUGGUUCUCAAAGUAGGGUCAGGGGAUUUUUUUUAAUUUUGAUACAGUGGUGGAAAUCACAAGCUGCCACAAAGUUAUUAUAUCUAUUAUUGAGUUCCCAUUGUUAUUGGCCUCAUUAUCUGGUCACUUGAACUGAUUGGUUUAAUCCAAACCUCAAUAAAUAAUAACAAAAUAAUAAUAAUAUAAUUAAAGUGAACUUGAAUCUACUGACAAUCCAUCAGUGGAAUAUUCAGGAAUAAAAUGCUCUAUGGCUCCAAUAAAUAGGCAAAAUGUUCUUGAAAAUAUGGAGUCUAAUAUUUGAAUAGUUGGAUUAUGUGUGGAGUGGGUAUGUGGAAUUUAUUUUACAGAUAAAGGGGUCCUUGGCUAAAUAAAGGUUUGAGAACCCCUGGUCUAGAGUGUUGCCCAUAAAUACUAGACUUACCAUUAACAUUUCCUGUUUUGCAUACUGUAUUGUAUCCCUUCAUUCAUCCAUUUUGUGGUGACCCAUUUGUGCUGAUCAAUAAUUAACUAACAAAUCAACUGACAAGUUAAUAAUUAAUGUAAUAAUCAAAUCGGAAAUGCACAAAUUGCUGGGUAAAUUGAUGAAGAAUUCUGACCGUAGGCUGACCUUAAGUUAGCUUAACUGCAAGGCAAUGUUGCCAUCUAUUUGUUUUCAUUGCUGUAUUGUCAGACUGCUCACACCUCACAAACUCCUACCAGUCUGGGCAUUCAUGUGAAUCCUUCACUUCUCUGAGCGAAGACAAGUCUGACAUUUUCAUAAUUUGUUUUUUUUAAGGCUUACCACACUGGCUUACUCUGUGUGAUAACAAUCUAGCAGAUGACAUUAUGUGUAAUGAGAAGAACUUUACACAGAUUCUGUAGCAACCUGUGACAUGAUUGACAGCAGUUUGGGUCCUGUCCUGAUGCCGCAUAUAAACAGGAGAUAAAACAAUACAUAAGUAAAACAAAUUAAAGAAUUAUUUACAAAUCAUUCCGUUAUGAUUCAGGAUAAGAUCAGCCAAGACAAGUUUGGUGUCCGAAGUUUGUAUUGUGCAAGGCCAGUGUAACUAACAAGUAAGGGAAGCUUAUAGCUGCCAGUUUAGCAUCCUCUAAAACAUCACCAGUCUACUUCAACACAUUGUUUGUCUUAUUAAUACAAUUUGUUGUAUUUUGUACAUAAACAUUUUUAAAAAUAAAAAAUACUUUAUUAUUUUUUUUCACCAAUUAAAACUAUUUUCUUAAUUUGUAUAAUUUUGGUUCAAUUAUUAUUAGUGAUUUUUGGUGUGUGUUGAUCUGUUGCUUUAUACUGAAUAUUAUUCCAGCAGAUUGCAUGUUUUGUAAUUAAUUUAUGAACUGAUCAUUAAGUCUCCUGCGGCACAAAUAGGCCCCAUACAUUUUAUUAGGGACUAUUACCAAUUAGUGGGCCUUAGCCAAUAUAAAAUUUUCACAAUAUUAUCCUUAAAUUUACACUUCCAUCCUCUCAUUCAUGAUUCAGCCUCUUAGUACGUAAUCUGUCACUGAUGUCAGUAUCAUAUGCACAUCAUCUAAUUAUGGCAAUAAUUGUGCAAAUUAUUGUGCAUAUUAUGUGCACAUAAUAGUGGUGCUUGUAAAUAUGAUCUCAUAAAAUCCAUCUAGACAACCUUUUGAUUAGUAAUCUGCACUAUGGUGCAGAUGUACAGUACUGUGCAAAAGUCUUAGGCACAUGCAAAGAAAUGCUGUAGAGCAAAGAUGCCUUCAAAAAUAAUGAAAUUAAAUGUUUCUACAAUUAAAAAAAUACUAUAAAGAGCAGUAAACAGUAAAAAAUGAAACAAAGUCAAUAUUUGGUGUGACGAUCCUUCGCUUUAAAAAAAAAGUAGUCUCAAGUACAAUUAAUGCAGUUUUAUAAGGAAAUUAGCUGUAAGUGUUACUGAACAUCUUGCAGAACCAGCCACAGUUCUUCUGGAGACUUUGACUGUCACACUUGCUUCGUAUUUUUUACAGCAAAACCCAGCAGCCUUCAUUAUGUUUUUUUUGUCUGAAAAGUGGUCUCUUAUGUAAUAUGCUGCUUUCUUUACUGACACGCAAACAUUUUUCUGUAACAUUUAAUUUUGUGCUGGAAAACUAAUGUUUGGAAAUCUAAAAUGUUUUUUUUUUUACUGAAUCAAUAAUGUAGAAGUCAUAAAAUAAAAAUCUAUAACAAGGUUUGUACUUAAAAAAAAUAGAAUGCCUAAGACUUUUGCACAGUACUAUAUUUUUCUUUUUAUAGCUCAGGAGAAGACUUUUCAGUUGCUUGUUAAUAUGUAAGCGGAAUUUAAAUUUAAUACUUACAGACCUUUUAAGUGAAUUAUUUAUUUAGGUUUUUGUCAUGUGGUAUUUUAUGUUUGAUUAAAUGCAGUAGUACUGCUUUUAGAGAUUUUUUAAUGCUCUCCUUAAAGACAAGUCUUAUGAAAAAGUGUAUUUGUGUGACAUGACAGCUGAGAAUUAUAAUUAAAGUUAAAGUAUUCUCACAAAAUGAUAUACAUUCAAGUUAAUUGAACACAGUGGCUCUUACGUGUUGAUGUCUUAAGCAGAAUGUGGAUUAUUCCUUUUUUUAUUGGAUGUGUAAUACCAUAUUCAAAAUCACCUGACUUGCACACUUGGACUCAAUCACACACACCUAUGUAUAUACAGUCAGGUCCGGAAGUAUU